UGCCGCGGAGGGAUACGCCUGCUCGCACAGCCCGAUGCGUAUAAAGAUUCCCGUCCAAUAAAAGGAAGCCCCUUUCAGUUUGUCUGCGUCAGUGUGCGGAGGGGACGAUUUUCUGGACGCAUUUAUUCAAGAAUUGUCAACGAAAUAAUCAAGAUGCCUGAAGAAAUGCUCCAAGAGGAGGAGGUGGAGACCUUUGCCUUCCAGGCAGAGAUCGCUCAGCUGAUGUCCCUGAUCAUCAACACCUUCUACUCCAACAAGGAAAUCUUCCUCAGGGAGUUGAUCUCCAACGCCUCUGAUGCUCUGGACAAGAUCCGUUACGAGAGCCUGACUGAUCCCUCAAAGCUGGACAGCGGCAAGGAUCUGAAAAUUGACAUCACUCCCACCAAAGACAACCGAACCCUCACCAUCGUCGACACCGGAAUCGGCAUGACCAAAGCCGAUCUGAUCAACAACCUGGGGACCAUCGCCAAGUCCGGCACCAAGGCCUUCAUGGAGGCUUUGCAGGCUGGAGCUGACAUCUCCAUGAUCGGUCAGUUUGGUGUGGGUUUCUACUCCGCCUACCUGGUUGCUGAGAAGGUGGUGGUCAUCACCAAACACAACGACGACGAGCAGUACAUCUGGGAGUCCUCGGCCGGAGGCUCCUUCACGGUCCGGGUGGACAAGGACGGCGAGCCCAUCGGCCGCGGCACCAAGAUCAUCCUGCACCUGAAGGAGGACCAGACCGAGUACAUCGAGGAGAAGCGCGUGAAGGAAAUCGUCAAGAAGCACUCUCAGUUCAUCGGCUACCCCAUCACCCUCUUUGUGGAGAAGGAGCGCGACAAGGAGAUCAGCGACGACGAGGCUGAGGAGGAGAAGGCCGAGAAGGAGGAGAAGGAAGAUGCUGAGGACAAGCCAAAGAUCGAGGACGUGGGCUCGGACGAGGAUGAGGACACAAAAGACAAGGACAAGAAGAAGAAAAAGAAGAUCAAGGAGAAGUACAUCGACCAGGAGGAGCUGAACAAGACCAAGCCUAUCUGGACCAGGAACCCUGACGACAUCACCAAUGAAGAGUACGGAGAGUUCUACAAGAGCUUGACCAACGACUGGGAGGAUCACCUGGCUGUCAAGCACUUCUCAGUGGAAGGGCAGCUGGAGUUCCGCGCUCUGCUCUUCAUUCCUCGCCGGGCACCUUUUGACCUCUUUGAGAACAAGAAGAAGAAGAACAACAUCAAGCUGUACGUCAGGAGAGUCUUCAUCAUGGACAACUGUGAAGAGCUCAUCCCAGAGUACCUCAACUUUGUUCGCGGCGUGGUCGACUCCGAAGAUCUUCCCCUCAACAUCUCCCGAGAAAUGCUGCAGCAGAGCAAGAUCCUGAAGGUCAUCCGUAAGAACAUCGUCAAGAAGUGUCUGGAGCUCUUCGCCGAGCUGGCAGAGGACAAGGAGAACUACAAGAAGUUCUACGAGGGCUUCUCCAAGAACAUCAAGCUGGGCAUCCACGAAGACUCCCAGAACCGCAAGAAGUUGUCAGAGCUGCUGCGCUACCAUAGCUCCCAGUCUGGAGAUGAGACCACCUCCCUCACAGAGUACCUCACCCGCAUGAAGGACAACCAGAAGUCCAUCUACUACAUCACUGGUGAGAGCAAAGACCAGGUGGCCAACUCCGCCUUCGUGGAGCGAGUCCGCAAGCGUGGCUUCGAGGUCCUGUACAUGACAGAGCCCAUCGACGAGUACUGCGUCCAGCAGCUGAAGGAGUUUGACGGCAAGACGCUGGUGUCCGUGACCAAAGAAGGUCUGGAGCUGCCUGAGGAUGAGGAGGAGAAGAAGAAGAUGGAAGAGGACAAGGUCAAGUUUGAGAACCUCUGCAAGCUGAUGAAGGAGAUCCUGGACAAGAAAGUGGAGAAGGUCACAGUUUCCAACAGACUGGUGUCGUCACCCUGCUGCAUCGUGACCAGCACCUACGGCUGGACGGCCAACAUGGAGAGGAUCAUGAAGGCCCAGGCCCUGAGGGACAACUCCACCAUGGGCUACAUGAUGGCCAAGAAGCACCUGGAGAUCAACCCGGACCACCCCAUCGUGGAGACCCUCAGGCAGAAGGCAGAGGCCGACAAGAACGACAAGGCGGUGAAGGAUCUGGUCAUCCUGCUGUUCGAGACCGCCCUGCUGUCCUCCGGCUUCUCCCUGGACGACCCACAGACCCACUCCAACCGCAUCUACAGGAUGAUCAAGCUGGGACUGGGUAUCGAUGACGACGAUGCAGUAGAGGAGCCCACGACGGCGGCCGCCCCAGACGAGAUCCCCCCGCUGGAGGGCGAGGGCGAAGACGACGCCUCACGCAUGGAAGAAGUCGAUUAAACAGACCCCCCACCCGCCCCCCCUUUCCCCACAGAUUUCUAUCACAUAGCCACACGUUCCAAUUGUUGAUCCUUAAAGUGCAGUAACUGCAAAACUAGUUGUCGUUGUUGUGGGGAGCAGCGACGCUCUGGCUCCAGGGCGUCGCUGUCACCUUUAAGGAUUCAAAAAAAGAAGUUAAUUUUUGCUGUAAGUUAAUGGUGACAGCACAUUUGUUUUAAGAGUACCCUGUUGCACUGAGUUUUAAAUGUCAUAUGUGUGAACAUGGGAAUGGUACAUUCCGCUGUUGGGUCUGGUGACGACGGUUCCGGGCGUCUGCUCGUGUGCAACUCUGCAUGGAGAGACUGUAAGAUUCCUUUGCCUGAGUCCAGGCUCGUCUGUAAUCCAAGUCUUGUUUUGCAAAAAAUUAAAGACGUUCAACCCAAA